CACCCCUCCCGGAGGAGCUGCGACCUCUGCCUACGCUCGGACCCCUCAGCAGCUGCAGGUGCCAGCCCGCCUCACCACGCCCCGCGCUGGCGGCCGCUGGAACGCCCAGGCAGAUAUCUAGCUAAGGUUUCCGGUUCUCUUUUGAGUGAAGCUGAAUGUUUCUGCUGGGAUAAUGUAACUGGAGGAUCCGGGUCUGGGCAGACUUGACCAUGGGAGCCAACACUUCAAGCAAACCACCGGUGUUUGAUGAAAAUGAUGAUGUCAACUUUGACCACUUUGAAAUUUUAAGAGCCAUUGGAAAAGGCAGUUUUGGGAAGGUCUGCAUCGUACAGAAGAACGAUACCAAGAAGAUGUAUGCGAUGAAGUACAUGAACAAACAAAAGUGUGUGGAGCGCAAUGAAGUGAGGAAUGUCUUCAAGGAGCUCCAGAUCAUGCAGGGGCUGGAGCAUCCUUUCCUGGUUAAUUUGUGGUACUCCUUCCAAGAUGAGGAAGACAUGUUCAUGGUGGUGGACCUGCUGCUGGGCGGGGACCUGCGUUAUCACCUGCAGCAGAAUGUCCGCUUCCAGGAAGACACUGUGAAGCUCUUCAUCUGUGAGCUGGCCAUGGCCCUGGACUACCUGCAGAGCCAGCGCAUCAUUCACAGGGAUAUGAAGCCUGACAAUAUUUUGCUUGAUGAACAUGGGCACGUGCACAUCACAGACUUCAACAUCGCUACGAUGCUACCUGUGGAGAUGUGCAUCACCACCAUGGCCGGCACCAAGCCUUACAUGGCACCUGAGAUGUUCAACUCCAGAAGAGAAGCAGGUUAUUCCUUUGCUGUUGACUGGUGGUCACUGGGAGUGACAGCAUAUGAGCUGUUGAGAGGCCGGAGACCGUAUCACAUUCGCUCCAGUACUUCCAGCAAGGAAAUUGCACACAUGUUUGAGACGGCGCUUGUGACUUACCCUUCUGCCUGGUCACAGGAAAUGGUGUCACUUCUUAAAAAGCUACUGGAACCGAAUCCAGACCAACGAUUUUCCCAUUUGUCUGAUGUUCAAAACUUCCCAUAUAUGAAUGAUAUGAACUGGGACGCAGUUUUGCAGAAGAGGCUCAUUCCAGGAUUUAUUCCUAACAAAGGCAGGCUGAAUUGCGACCCCACCUUUGAGCUCGAAGAAAUGAUUCUGGAGUCCAAGCCUCUUCACAAGAAAAAGAAGCGCCUGGCCAAGAAGGAGAAGGAAAUGAGGAAAUGUGAUUCCUCCCAGAUGUGCCUUCUUCAGGAGCACCUUGAAUCUGUCCAAAAGGAGUUCAUAAUUUUCAACCGAGAGAAAGUCAAAAAGGACUUUAAUAAAAGACAAGCCAAUCAAGCCUUGGAACAAACCAAAGACCCACAAGAAAAGGAUGGCCGGAAUAACCCAUGAAGUCCUCAACAUCUUCUUGGGACAUUUCCACGUCAGGAAGAGCUGACAGAAAUUCUCACCUCUCCACACCUCACACACCUUAGAAAAUAUGACUGAAUACCUUUGGAGGGAGGCAGCACGACCCAGAGAAGAGUCCCCAGGCUCCCGGGAACUAGAUUCACUACCGCGCGACCUUGAGCAAGUUACUUACCCCCUUUCUCUGCUUCAGUUUUUUCAUCUAAAAACGAGAAUGUAAUACUAGGUGAGCCCUAUGUUGCCUUUUUACUGCCACUGUUCUCCAUUCUGUUCUUCUAAACAGCCUCUAUUUUUAUUUUAAAAGGAAUAUUUGGACGCAGAUUUAUUUUUUCCACUCCUAAUUACACUGUGACAAAUGGACGUUGCUGGGUGAUGGAGCGAAUCUCUUCAGAGUUAGAAAACUUCAUAAAUUGGUCAGAAUCCCCAAAUCCGACUGAAUAGGAGUAAGGAAUUCAUUCAGGAAGAAAUGAGUGGAACCAGAUUAUAAGUAACACAGAUUGACGAGGGCCUUCCAGUGGUGUGCUUAAGUCAGAACACCGUACCAGCUUGUAUCAAUUGUAAGAGCCACUAUGCGCAUCUGUCCCAGCACCCCGUACAGUGAUGUGAAGUUGAGAGUUGAAAUUGGUGAUGGUGGAAGUAUUUAUAUCAUGGAAAUUGGCAGAUGCUACAAAUCAGGGCUUUCCACCCUUUCCGGCCCCCCCCCCCACCCGGCGCCAGGAAGCCAGUUGUGAAAUAUUAGCACACCACUGGCCUUCUUCUAGAAGCAUGUUCCUUGAGAGCUAAUUGUCCUCUUAUGACUACCAGAGACCUGUGUCCGGAGAGCAUCAGAAAAGAACAUUGUCACAUUGAAAGCACCUCCACCUUGUAGUACCUGAAGUUGUAUCUUAUAUGGGAGUUACAGUCUGUCAGAUUGUGAGGUGAAUUUGGAAGAUAGUAAAAUUUACCCUUGAAAAAUUCCUUUAAUAUACACAACAUAUGGUGAGUAUCUUUUCUUAGAGAAGCCCAAUAUCAUGAGACCCUUCACUAAUGAAACGAGUCAUCUUUUUUGGUUCUUUUUUUUUUUUUUUGGUCUCACCUUUGGCUAAUAAAAGAUGCACUAAAGUGUUGAACAGAUUAUACAUGCCUUUAUAAACUAGAAUCACACGCUUAGAACCGUGGGAUGCCCACACAUCUGAGAGGUCUAAGGCUGACUAAGGGAACAGCAAUACUUACUUGUGCUUACUGUAAGAAUGGCGGGCAGAAUCCCCUAUUUAAAAUAGUAUUGAUAUUUCACUUUUUCUUUAUAUUGUAUUUAUUUCUUUGCCAAACACAAAGUUUAAUUCACCUAAGUUGGGAUGUAACUCUACUCCCCUGAUACCCAGAAGAUCUUUGCAGAAGAACUAUUUUUGGCAACUCACAGAUGCUGCUGGGUAGACUCAAGAAUAAACAGGGUUGGUGGGGGAUUGCUUUAUCUGUUGGCCACUCAGAUCACCUAAACCUUGUCCUUACUUAGGGAGACUAUGGGCCUUAGCAGGGUGGCAGUAAGCUGGCAACAGGGGAGACCAGACAGGUGGAAAUGGGCAGAAGUAACAGAGACGGCCGCAAGCUACAUAGGACUUCUCCAGAAGGGAGGUCGCACUGGGACAACUAGACACGGGCAGGAAGCCAGUGCUGAACUUUAAUUCAGCACUGAUGGUUUUCUCCCCACUGAGCUAAUAGGCCCCACAUUUCUGGCCUUGAAAAGCUGUGAAAUAGUGUCUCUCUACUUGAAGAGUAACCAUAUUUUUGUUAAGAAUUAAAAGCCAGCUCUUGUGUU